ACACAGUGGGCAGGACUGAAGAGGUAACAAAUAGGCUGGCUCUUCGAGCCAUUGUCUUUUUCAUUGCGCAGUACAGACUCGAGGCGAUACGAAGUUACCUUGAAAUUGGGCUUGGUUUAAUUUUUGUGGUGUCCUCUAGGACAGCCUUCUCGCCCACACAAAUCUCUCAGAGGAACGCUGCAAGCCGGGUUGUGUAUAUCACACCUACCAAACUACCACUGCGGACUGUAAAGCCUGGUAGCACACCUGCUGCAUCUCUCCGCAUUUGAAGAGGCGGGUCGCGAUGGCAGAGCUCGGGGCAGGAGAGCCGGACCUGAAGGAGAUGGAAGAGGAGGACCUGUGGGAUCUGAUCAACAACCACCGGCACCGGGUGUCCCUGGACGUGCGGCCCUGCAUGCUGAUCCCCUACCUGCGGCAGGCCCGCGUGCUCAACGAGCUGGACGAGGACGAGAUCCUCAACUGCAUGAAGUUCCCCAACCGUUCCAUGAGAACCAGUCACAUGCUGGACAUCCUGCGGACCCAGGGGCGCAACGGAGCGAUGGCCCUGCUGGAGAGCGUGAUGAUCCACUACCCCGAGCUGUACACCCACAUCACGGGCCGCAGGCCCAGCACGGAGCCCUCGCACUUCAGCGGGCUGAUAAAGGACUCGGAGCUGACGGAGUACCUGGUGCGGGCGGCGACCAGCAUGCAGCAGGAGCUGCAGCGCGCGCAGCGGGAGGCGGCGGCGGCGGGGGCCCGGGGCGCCGCCCUGCAGGCGCAGCUGAGCCGGGCCGAGCGGCAGGGCGAGGAGCUGCGGCAGCUGCGCGCGGAGCACGUCCGGCUGCGCAGCCACGUGGCGGGGCUGCACCGCGACGUGCUCCGGCUGAAGGACGAGAAGUGCGACCUGCACGUGCGCUACACCGCCGCCGUGGAGGAGAACUCCGCCGUCAACAUCCGCUGCCGGGACCUCCAGCUGCAGAUGUACCAGCUGCAGUUCGAGCUGCGCAAGGCGCAGACGGAGACGGACUUCCAGAGGGAGCGCUCCGUGAAGUGCAGCUCCCCCAGCGAGACGCAGCAGCUGCGCGAGGAGGUGUGCACACUGCGCAGGCAGCUGCUGCAGGCCGAGAAGUUCACCCCGGCCCGGGAGGACAUCCUGGCGCAGGACCUGGAGGAGGCGCGGGACGGGCGCACGGAGCUGCUGGAGCAGAUCUGCUGCCUGAGGGAGGAGAGUGAGAAGCUGGCCCGCGAGAGGGGACAGCUGCUGGAGGAGAAGGAGUCCCUGGAGCUGCAGGUGAAGAAGCUGUCUCUGGACUGCGAGAUGUACCAGCAGAAGAGCACUGUGAUCCAGAGCCAGCUGAGGGAGCUGCAGGCCGAGAGGGACCAGGCGUACCUGCUGAGGGACGAGGCCCAGGCCCAGAUCGCCAGCAGCCUGGCGGAGAAGGACACCCUGAGGGCACACGUGGUGGAGCUGCAGGAGAAGCUCUUCAGCCUCCGGGCAGUGGGCACGGAGACCCAGACGACCACGCCGGAGAGACUCAGGGAGAGGAUCCACAGCUGGGACUCCGGCAGCGACUGCUCCCCGUCCAGCCCACGCCCGCCGCGUCCGCGCCCCAGACUGCGCCGCCUGGAGGCCGUGUGCCUCCCGUACCCGAGAGACACAGACAGCAGCACGGAGUGCAGCGAGGAGGGCUUCAGCAGCUUCCGGUCUCACUGCGCAGAGCCUCCCGGCCUCGAGUCCCUCCGCAGGAGGCAGGAGGAACUGCAGCUCCGCGCGGACAGCCCUGACAUGACUGACUGGGAGAUAACAUCCAUUGCUGGCUUGGAGAGUGACUAUAUGCCCUAUAGUCAUGAUAUUUGUAAAGGGCAUGACGAGGUGAUCGCUCCACCGCGGCCGGUGUCUCUUCCAUCUAACGACAGCAGCUCCGGUGACGGGCCGACGGCUCCGCCCUUUCUUGUCCGCUUGCGGCCGAAGGCCCUGCGCAUCACCGGACGCAUCAUGACCAUCUCCUUCCAGGGGGAGGCGCUGCUGAGCCAGCUGGAGGUGAUAGGGGGGAACAAGACGGGCGUGUUCGUGCACAAGGUGACAGAGGAGUCCCCAGCUCAGAGCGUUGGCAUCAGUCCCGGAGCGCAGAUACUGGAGGUGCGCUGUGAGCAGGACCGGCGCUCCACGCGCAUGGUGCUGGAGGACUCCACCCUGGAGGAGGCGCUGUGGGCCCUGGGCCAGGUUCGGGGGUUCUGCCACCUCUCGCUGCGGCCCAAACAGGAUGGCUACGAGAAGCUCCUGCUCCAGCUCAGGAGCGGGGAGGUCACGUCGGGGGACUCCUUCUACGUGCGCGUCAACAUGUCCGUGCCGGGGGGGUCCACCGGAGCGCUGGCGGUCACGUGCAACGACGUCCUGCACGUGACGAACACGCGCCACUGCACCAACGGCUUCUGGAAGGCCAGCCACGUCCACCCCUGCAAGCUGCAGGAUCUGAAGAGCGGCACCCUGCCCAACUACUACAGAGCCCAGCGCCUGCUAAUCAGAGCGAUCGAGGACAUGGCCUUCCAGCACAGACCUGAGAGGAAGAUCGAGCGGUGCCAGGCCCAGGAGAAACAGAAGGCCGUUCGCAUCGUCAGCACGGGCCGGCUGGGGCCCAACCCACUGUGGGUGAGCGUGGAAGAGGACGACACCAAAGAGAACAAGGAGUCAGGGGACAGUGCUGUGCCUAGAAGCUGUGUGACCCUCAUGCCCUACACCCUGGUCACACCCCGCCACCCACCAACCUCUCGUCCAGUCCUCCUCUUUCCCACAAUGCUCGGUCGCAUCAUAGACAAAAAGCUGGGAUGCCUGCCGGGAUUCCAGCUGUGUGAGCCAGAGGUGCUGGGUGCUGGUGAGCACACCCUGCUCACGCAGAGGGCGGAGGUGCUGGAGGACUGCGAGCCGGGCAGCCGGCAGUGCUACACCCUGCGGGGCGUGGAGAGAGUGAUAAAGCAGGGGUCCCACUGCAUUCUCCCGCUGGGCCUGGACUGCGUACGGCGGCUGCAGAAAGCAGAGAUCUACCCCAUCAUAAUCUACAUCGUACUGACUGACCGCAGCAUACGCAGACUCAGGCAAAAGCUUCAGCGGCAGGGCUGUUCGGAGGAACAGCUUCUGGACUGUUCCCGAAGCGAAGAGCCGCUCCUGGACAAGCUUCCCUGCCUGUACCGCAGGGUCCUGUCGGACAGCUGGAACGACAGCGCCACCUUGCUGCGCGUGCUGCAAACCACCGUUCUGGAGGAGCAGAGCAAGAUCGUGUGGUUGGAAGCAGACCUGUGGUGAACGGCAGUAGUGCAGUUUGAAUUCAGAUACGCUGCCUGUUGGGGAAAAAAAAAGUGCUUCUGGGCAGGGUUUUAUAUGUACACCUUUCUAAAGAAAGGAUUAGCGGUCUGUCUCAUUCUGACUUUCAUAAACCCUUAGAAACUGCCUCAUGAAUAUUCUGGCACAGCCACAUUACUGCGAAUACGCAGCUCAAAGGAAGGACGAAGCAUCGCUUGACGUUAAUGUUUUGGAAAAUGAGCAUUGUGAUUCAACGGUGUUGGAAAGUAAUUUAGCGCCGUGGAAUAUUCUGACGGGGAACGGCCGAAGGAAAAGAGCCGGUGUUGAUGCAGAAGCUAACCAUGCGUCACAGUCAGCCAUUCCAGGAACGAGGAUGUAAAGUGACUUGCGGGAAUUCCACAGAGUCACCAUUUAGUUAUGUCCUGUUCUUAGCUCCUCCUCCUUUCUGAGAACGCUGAUUCAUAUCUUCCAGACAGCCUUGCCAAAGUAUGCACCAUUGAGUAAGCCAUCAGAGGACAUAGGGGAGGUACUUUUCUUAAAGCAAUUUUGUAGCCAAACUAUUUUCUUGACGUCACAGUACUGUUAAGAUUUAAGCAGGUUACUGUUGUUUAUUUUAAUAGCUGUACAGUUUGUAAAAAAAAAAAAAAAAAAACUGCUUUCCUGUGGAAUAAGUAUUCACAAAAUUCUUAAUUUACAUGACAGGCAUGUCAUCUCAGUGUAUUUCCAUUGUUGGAACUUCAGUCUUAUGCAGGGCUUUGCAUGUGAUGUAGGUAUUUGCAUCACAAUCCCCGCAAACAUGUAUAUAUGAAAUUCUUGUGUGUUACAGCACGUCAGUCUGUCACCAUAUCUCAGCGGAAAUUUGGCUGUUCCAUUUUGAAAUGAUGUUUCAUCGAAGAUGUAAUAGUAAAUAAAUGUGAAUUACAACA